GUAUCCCCUAAUCAACAUGGUCUCGAAAAAACCACCACGAAUUCUGUCAAUACAAAGUCACGUAGUGUCGGGGUACGUUGGCAAUAAAAGUGCAACAUUCCCCUUACAGCUGUUAGGAUUUGAAAUAGAUGCAAUUAAUUCUGUUCAACUUUCCAAUCAUACAGGAUAUAAGGUCUUCAAAGGUCAGGUAUUAAAUGAUAAAGAUUUAGAGGAUUUAAUAGAUGGUUUGAUAUGUAAUGACUUGCAUGAUUAUACUCAUUUGUUGACUGGAUAUGUUGGUUCUGUCUCAUUUCUGAAAAAGAUAGCAGAGGUGGUCUGCUUACUAAAAAGCAAAAAUCCUAAUCUCAUAUAUGUAUGUGAUCCUGUUAUGGGAGAUAAUGGACAAAUGUACGUACCUGAAGAACUAAAGGAAAUUUAUAGAAAUGAAAUAGUACCAUUGGCAGAUAUUGUAGUACCAAAUCAAUUUGAAUUGGAAUUAUUAAGUAAUAUCAAGGUCAAUACAAUGUCUGAAUUAAAAAAUGCUAUAAAAGAAUUGCAUAAUAUUGGUCCUGGAACAGUAGCAAUCUCAUCAACAGAUAUUGAUGAUAAAUUAACAGCAGUAUUUAGUACAACCAAAGAUAAUAAACUGAUAAAGAUCGACAUUCCAAAAAUACCAACUAAUUUCACAGGUUCUGGUGAUCUUUUUGCUGCCCUAUUUUUAGCUCACACAUAUUUGGAAGAUAAUAUGGAAGCUGCCAUUGAGAAAACUGUGAAUACUUUACAUAGUGUUCUACUCAAAACAUAUGAAUACUCCCAAGCAUGCCAAAACAAGGACUCUCAAUUUGCAAGAAGAAUCGAAUUAUGUUUAAUACAAAGCAAACGUUUCAUUGAAAAUCCAGAAAUUCGUUUAUUUGCUCAGUCUUUCUCGUGA